CGCCGCCGCCACCGCCGCCAUCAUGCUGAACUGGGCUGGCCUCGCGGGCAUCUUGGUCUUCUACUUGCUGAUCCUGGCCGUCGGCCUCUGGGCAGCAUGGCGCAGGAAGAAGAGCCUGGAAAGCAGUGCGGACUCGGACGAGGUGAUGCUGGCCGGACGUAACAUCGGCGUCUUCGUCGGCAUCCUGACCAUGACGGCCACCUGGGUGGGCGGCGGCUACAUCAACGGCUCGGCGGAGGAGACCUUCAAGGCGGGCCUGAUCUGGACCCAGGCGCCCUUCGGCUACUCACUUAGUCUCAUGCUCGGUGGCAUCUUUUUCGCAAAGAAGAUGCGCGAAGAGGGAUACACGACCAUGCUGGACCCGUUGCAGAACCGGCUAGGCCGCGUCAUGGGCGGCAUCCUCUUCCUGCCGGCGCUGAUGGGCGAGCUCUUCUGGUCGGCGGCUAUCCUUGGCGCUCUCGGGACCACCAUCAACGUGAUUCUCCAGCUGGACCAGGUGGUGUCGUUCGGCGAUAACCUCUCCAUCAUCGUGUCGGCGGCCAUUGCCGUCUUCUACACGCUGUUCGGCGGCCUCCUCUCAGUGGCCUACACUGAUGUCAUCCAGCUGAUCUGCAUCUUCAUCGGCCUGUGGUUCUCCAUACCGUUCGCCAUGACACACGAUGCGUUCACGACACUGGACAUCUCGGAGAACGACUGGAUCGGUUCCAUUGAGUCCCACUGGGCUGGUGUCUGGUUUGACUACGCCAUGCUUCUGAUCUGCGGCGGCAUACCCUGGCAGGUGUACUUCCAGCGCGUGCUGUCCUCCAAGAGCCCGCGACGGGCGCAGCUGCUCAGCUUCGCCGCUGCUGGCGGCUGCAUCUUCCUGGCGAUCCCGGCCGUGCUCAUCGGCGCCAUCGCCCACGGCACCAAGUGGGAGCUGACCGAAUACGGCAAGACGCCCGCCGGCACCGACACUCGCUUCGUCCUGCCGCUUGUGAUGCAGUACAUGACGCCAAGUUGGGUGGCCUUCAUCGGGCUUGGAGCUGUGUCGGCGGCGGUCAUGUCCUCGGCUGACUCGUCCGUGCUCUCGGCGUCCACCAUGUUCGCCAGGAACAUCUACAAGAACGUGCUCCGGCCGCAGGCGUCUGACGGCGAAACAAUCAUAGUGAUGAGGCUAGCCAUCAUCGCCACCGCUGUCAUCGCCACUGUCAUAGCCAUCGUGGUCAAGUCAAUCUAUGGCCUCUUCUUCCUCUGUUCGGACCUGGUGUUCGUGAUACUGUUCCCGCAGUUGGUCACUGUCGUGCACAUGCCUCGGCUGACCAACACCUACGGCUCGUUUCUCGCCAUGCUGGUGGGACUCACUCUAAGACUCGCAGGUGGUGAGGCGUUGAUCGGUCUGCCACCGGGGAUCGAGUACUGGUGGUAUGACCCCACCGACGGUCAGCUGUUCCCCUUCCGGACCUUCUCCAUGGUCUGCUCGUUCGCCACGUUGAUUGGGUCGUCGCUACUGAUCGAGAAGGCCUUUACCUCAGGUCUGCUGCCGGCACAUCUGGACUUCGCCCGCUGCUUCGGCGGAGAAGAAGACGCAGCCACGGGGCUCAACUACCGCCCCAACCAGGCGGAAAAGAACGGCCUGGACAACCUGGGCCACGAGAUGACCGAGACCACCGGUUUCUAGGACUACCGUUCUCCGGGCCACUGUUCUCUAGGGCUUCAACGCUCUCCAGGACCACCAGUGUCUGGGCCAACGCCCUCUGAGCCCCCAGCUGAUUUGACCUGGCUAGUUCUGGGCCCCAGCUGAUUUGACCUGACGAGUUCUGGGCCCCCAGCUGAGCAGCCACCACGUUGAGAUGUGGAUCUGAUGGUGGGAUCGGGAUUGAGAUCGGACAAGAGUGACCGAGCGGACAUUCGGCAUCACUGAAGGGGAGCGCACGCAUUUUUUAUCACGACGUUACUGCACACAAACCCAUGUUAAGGCGUUGUGGUACACUGGGUGCCCUGGUUAUCACCGCGCCGAUACGGGUGCCGCUGCGGACGUGUGUACGGCACCUUUUUUAGAGUUGAGUAAGAUGCUGACCUUAUUGUCAGUCGCGGAUGCUAGGCUUAAAAACAUUGACAAACGAUUGUCAGGUCGCCGACCGAUUGAAAACACGCCAGUGACAGUGACAGGUGUUAGUCUGUCCAGUGGCACAUACGGCCAUGGCGCUGCAGGGGAUGUAUUGUAGCGAGGACAAUGUCGUCCUUGAUGCCGAACGUUUAUCUUUCGAGUGGGAUAUGCUAGCGCGGCUGUUGUGUAGGCCAGACGUCAUUAGGCCAGACGUCAUUAGGCCAGACGUCAGUUUUCAGAGGAGGGGAUCACAGUGCGGUUGUCUGCCUGUGAUUUUUAGGACCUACCACAACUUAUUAACGUUCAAUGACGUGACAACGUUCGUCGCGUGGGGCGGAGCGCGUGGCGGGCGGCUGUAAGUGCUGCUCUCCGUCUUACUCCGAGCGCUGAAAUACAUUGCACUAGGCAGAAACAAGCUGCUCGACUUCCCGCUGUUACAGGACUUUGUCGCGCGUCAAGCACACACAUACACAUAAACGCAUAGACGCAUGCGCAUUGGUUGGUGCCCUUUGCAGAAUGUACUGGUGGAUCAGCGCCCGGCCCCAGAGCUCGGUGCUGCGCGAGCUGGCGGAGGGGCCCGGUGGGAGUGUGGGACUGGCUGUCCGGGUCACCUGCGAUGGGCGGACAGGCCGCGCCAAUGUGUGAGCACUAGCUGGCGAGACUGCGAGCCAAUGCUGUUUGGCUCGUUCGGCAUGGGCUGUGUGGCAUGGAAGAGAAGAGGAGCGCACGGAAAAGACGGCUUUGUCGUGGCGUUAAUUUAGCGGCGGGUGUCAAUGAGCAUUUAAGUGUAACCACUGCGUGUGAGUGGGGGGUGGGGUGGGGGCUGGGUGGGAUCUGCCCUCACCGCAAUUUUGUCAUUAGGGCGUUUUGCUCCUUCUAGUUUGGAACGUAAAAUGCACCUUUUCCGCGAUGUCUCAUUCAAAAUGCUGGUUUCAGGUCAGUUCGGUCUCCUUGCAUCCCAGUCUUCCUGCUCCCUGCCGUCCCCGUUUGUCAAUUCCAAUCCUGACUUGUCUGCCCCCCCGCCCCCCCCCCCAGCACCAAUCUCAUAGACUUUUGUUAUUUCGCGGUAUUUGGUGUUAUGAUAUUUGAUGCAUGUUGUCCGUCCACAUGUAAACAGUGCCGGCCACGUGUCCCUGCUGAGUGCUUCAAAUGUAUUUGUUCGUAAUUACUUCAUGUUUUAUGCCUCUAUCUUGUGGGUCCACUUCGUUACGUGUUGUGCGUUGUUGUGAUGCCUUGCUAUAUUGUUUCCUCUGAAUGUGGGUUAUGAUCAGUUCCGUCCGUUUCUCUAUAUCGUCUUGUUUUGUGUUAGUACAGUCUGUCGCUGCGCACGUGGACGACGAGGUCAAUGGCUCUUGCACCCCAAUGUCAUGAGAGAGCUGCUGAUGGCGACCGUUUGAGGCAUCGCAACAGCUCCCUUCGCAGGCGCCCCACCACAACUGUGAACCGUGUCAUCGCUGCUGGCCGAAGUGCUCUGGUCGAAGCGCGUACAUUCAGGGAUGGAGUGAUCGAAACGGAGCAAAAGGCGCGAGAAAAAGUGUGCAGAUGGCGUCGCUGAGAUUGAACACUCAACCGGGACGGCCAUAAGUGCCCUAAACUGGUCAGAGAUGCCUCGAGUCCUGGUGUUGU